GAGAUAUUUUACCUCAAUUUUAUCUAAUUAAAAAUAUGACUUUGUUAAACAAAUUAUAAGUUUCUUAAUAAUAAUACAAAAAUGAAUCGAAACCAGAAUUCGCAUGGAUUAGCUCGAAAUUUAAUACCAGAGCAAGUAAUACAGAAACGAAAACGAAGAAGAAAUAAAAAUAGGAAGAAACCUCAAAUCCACGUAAUGGAUAGAAUCGAUUUACGAAAUUUAUUAGAUGGUGACCAGAAACGAAAAAAUACUUCUAAUAAACGUAGCCAUGAAGAAGACAACGCACCAACAAAAAGAUUAAAAAAUCAUCACGUGUCCAGUAAAUUGGAAUCUUCAUCAUCAUCUCGACUACCGACAUCACCACGUACAUCUAGCAAUUUUAAAUCACCACCAACAUCUCCACGUGCAUCUAGCAAUUUUAAAUCUCCACCGACAUCUCCACGUGCAUCUUUAAGUAAAAAUUUCGAUUCUGGUAGUAAUGCCCGAAAAUCGAAUAAAAUUUCAUUAGAAAAUCUUUCAAAUUGGUCAAAUACAAAUACAUCGCCACUGACAGCUAGUAGAAGACAUUCUGUUAGUCCCCGCCCAAAGAAAAAUAUAGCUGCACAAAGAUUAGAAAGUUUAAGAAAAUCACUUCCUGAAAAUAUACACUCCGCGACAAGUACUAUAAGCAAAACAGAAAAACAUUUAUCGAAUUCAUCAAGAUUACCAGAAAUAAAUUCAUCAAAUGAACAUUUGUGGAAUUCCCAAAGUCUAUCAGGGAGAUCGAAUCGAUCAUCUGCCAAUGAUCGAUUAAAUGCGUUAAGAAAUAAAUUAACAGUUCAAGCCUCAGAAACACAAAAUAAUAUCGAACCAUCAACCUCCACGGAUAAUAUGGAAUAUCAGGAAGAAAUGGAAUGGGAACAAGUACCUGAAGAGCAUAUUAUUAAAAACAUUGUAGAAAUUCGUAAUAGUGUACAAGAGAAUCCAAAUAUAUUCAAUGGACUUGAAUCAAGUUUUUGUUUUCAUGAUAGUUUGGAUAUGGUAUUUAAUGCAUCAAAUGUUCGAGAAAAGUCAAAAUUUAUAAUAAUUAUCGAUACAAAUAUAUUUUUAUCCGAUUUACAAAUCGUUAAAAAUUUACUUAAUUGCAAUUGUAAUGACAAUGAUUUAACUAUUGUUGUUCCGUGGAUGGUGUUUCAAGAAUUGGAUUUUUUUAAAACAAAAGGUGCGAAAUUAAAACAGAAUGCUCAAAUCGCUGUACGUUUCAUUAAUGGGGAAUUGGCAAAUAAAAAUCCAAAAUUAAAAGGCCAAACAGCGUUAGAAGCGGCUGAAAAUGUGAUAACAUGUCGGGGACCCGAUGAUAGAAUUUUAGAUUGUUCAUUACAGUAUAAAAGUGACAAUAAUAUAACUAUAAUUUUAUCAAACGAUAUUAAUUUAAGAAAUAAAGCACUUGUAAAUAAUAUUGAAGCCUAUUGUAGUGAUGAAAUUCUAAAAAUAAUAGCAUCGAAAAUGGAAAAUGUAAAUAAAAUAUCUGUGCCAGUAAUGGAUAAAGACUUAGAAGAAAAAUUUCGACAAUUUCAUAAAAUAUUAAGUAAUUUUUUAUUGAAAAUGUUAGAAAGAGAAAUGUACAUAGCAUAUGGUGAUUUGUGGAAAAGAAUGGUGCAAUUUAAAACUACAUGGACCGUACCAACAAUAAUCAAAUGUAUACUGAAAUAUUGGAAAUCAGUUUUUAGUUUUGUAUAUCCAAAGCAUUUGCGACCAUGUUUAUCACAACUAUUACAAUCUUUUGAUGAUUGUGAGUUGAGUGAUCCAGACUUAAAAAAUUUAAUAGAUACCGCGUUAGCGGUUUGUUUACAUUUGCAAAAUAUAUCUGAAGAAUAUUUUCAAAUUAUUUUGCCUAUUAUAAAAGAGCUCAAAAAUCUAUUAUGA